CUUGUCGAGAAGUGGCAAUGUUACUAGCGAUCCUCGCAUUACGCAGUGGAGCAACCGGGAUUAGCCGCCUGUCAACGCUUUUUCACCACUACUGGAAAUAUCGACGUAUGCUGAUCAUCAACCCUAACACAGAAAAUGACACGCGUCAUGUAGGUAAUCGAGCGGAGCCUCUCUGCUCACAUCCGUGUGCUGAUGUGAGACCCGAAUCGCACCCGAGUUAUUGGACACGACUGCGCUGGUUCGACUAACUAGGAACCCUACAUACAUGAGAGGUGAUAUAUAAGGACAGUAGCCACUGUGGAGUAUCGUAGCUUGUACGCCCCUCAAGUUGAGAUCUACGAUUGUUUUGAGAAUCAUCAUGGCGCAUCCGACAAUUAACGCCCCGGAAGGCUUCCGAUUAUCCAGUCUUGCAGGCAUCAGUUCCUCAGUUGGGCUCUUUCUCGCAUCAGUUGUCCUGUAUGGUGUGUACACCGCCAUCUACAACAUCUUCUUCCAUCCACUUAAACAUAUCCCGGGACCUCUCCUCUCACGCGUAUCCGGUAUUCCAUACAUAGUUAACGCACGCUGCGGCAACGUUGUUUCAUGGCUUCAAGAGUUGCAUGAAAAGUAUGGAGACGCCGUGCGAAUAGCACCGGCAGAAGUUUCGUUUACUUCCGGUGACACAGCAUGGCAAGAUAUUUACGGAUUCAGAACCGGUAAACACAAGAACACUGGCUCGUACCUCAAAGACCGGAGUUGGUUUCCACCCCCUGUCGCCGGUGUCUACUCCAUCAUCCAGUCAACUGAUGAGGACCACACGCGUAUUCGCAGAAAUUUGUCGCACGCGUUCAGUGAGAAGGCGUUGCGACAGCAGGAAACGCUUAUUCAAGGGUAUGUAGAUUUGCUUGUCCACCGCAUGGAUGAACACGUACAAGAGAAAAAAGACAUGAACAUCGUGCGCUGGUACAACUACACAACCUUCGACGUCAUCAGCGAUUUGAGUUUCGGCGAGCCACUGUACUGUCUUCGCGACGACAAGUACCAUGUCUGGGUCGAUACGGUACUGGUUUUUCUCAAGUCUUUUGGGUUCCUCUCCACGCGCGCAAAGUACCCCGUGGCAGCCUUUUACGACAAGAUGCGGAACAUGUUCAACAACAAAAUCGCCAAGACGAUGCAGAUGCGCAAAAACUUCUUCGAAAUGGUGCACGACAAAGUCUCCACUCGUCUGGAGCUAGAAACCGACCGCCCGGACUUCUUCUCCUUCAUCCUGCAAAACCAAGGCAGCGACGCAAAAGCCCUGACAAGGCCGGAAAUGGACGCAAACGCCAUCGUCUUCCUCGUCGCGGGCUCCGAGACAACAGCCACCACCCUCUCCGGCGUCACCUACCUGCUCCUCAAGCAUCCAGAAAAGUACGCAAAGCUCGUACACGAAAUCCGCAGCAGGUUCACGUCUGCCUCGGACAUCACGGUCGAAGCAGUCAACCAGCUCCACUACAUGAUCGCUUGCCUGCAGGAAGGACUGCGCUGCUACCCGCCCGUCCCCGCCGGCUUCCCCCGCCUCGUCCCACGCGGCGGCGGGAAUAUAUCCGGGCACUUCAUCCCCGAAGGCACGGCGGUGAGUGUCUCGCAGUACGCGGCGUACCACUCGGAGCGGAACUUCAAGGACGCAGAUGCGUUUGUGCCGGAGCGGUGGAUGGGCGACGAGCGGUACGAGGCGGAUAAGCGCGAGACGUUGAAUCCGUUUUCGUUUGGGCCGAGGAACUGUUUGGGCAAGAAUCUUGCAUACGCAGAGAUGCGCCUCAUCCUCACAAAAGUGCUGUUCAAUUUCGACCUCGAACUCCUCGACAAGGAAACAGAUUGGAUGAAGGGGCAGAAGGUGUUUUCGCUUUGGGAGAAGCCGGAGCUUAUGGUGAGGUUACAUCCUGUUCAGCGCUGAAAAGUGGCUGGCAAACACGUAUGUAUUAGCAAGUAUCUAUCACCGCGUUACUUUGCACAUACCAUUCAUCCCAUCGAGCGG